AUGCAAUCUAAUUAUCCUAUCGCGUUUGAACAACCACAAUUAGGUUUAAAUGAUCAAUUACCAAUACAAUCAAAUAAUAUUCCAACUAGUACUACUACUACUACUACUCAACAAAUUAAUAAUAUUUUACAACAACAACAACAACAACUAAAUUCAAAAAUUCAACAACAACAACAACAAAUACCUCAACAGCAAUCAAAUAAAACCACUCAUCCUAACCAAAUGUAUUCACAUUCACAACAACAACAAGCACCACCUCAACCACCAUCAAAUCAACAACAUUCACAGCAUCAACAAAGUAUCAAUACUCAAGAUUUAAACAAUAUCAUGGGUUUAAAAAAGGAAUCAGGUCAUAAUUCUUCAUCAGGUUCAUCAAUAAGAAAUUUUAUUCUACCAUCACAUAAUCCAUUUGAUUUAAAUUCUUAUCCAAUGACAAAUCCUCCAUUAUUUGAUUCAACUUUUAUGUUACCUUAUACAACAGCAGAAGGUAUUCCAAGAAGAAGAAGAAUAUCUAUAUCAAAUGGUCAAAUUGGUCAAAUUAUGAAUCAUGAAGCAUUUUUCGAAAAUGAUGAAUUUAAUAAUUCUUUAGAUGAUGAUGAAUUAACUCAAAGAUUUAAUGAUUAUGAAUUAAAUAGACCUCAAACAAGUUUUAUAAUAGAUAAUAAUAAUACUAAUAGUAGUAGUCAUCAACCACCACCAAACCAACAACAACCUUUAGUACAAGCUCAUCAACAACUACAUGAUGAUCUUCAACAACCACAACCACAUCCAAUUCAACAUCAUCAUCAACCACAACAAAAUCAAUCUAUACCGCACCAUCAAUCACAAAAUCAGCUUCAACAUCAACAACAAUUACCACCUUCAAAUCAACAACAUUUACAACAAGCACCACCUCAACCACCUCAACCGCCUAAACCUUCAUCACCACCAGUAGCAGGGGUUCCACCACCAAAUCAUCAAUUAAUAUAUAAUAAUGAAGUUAUAUAUAAUCCGAAUAAUGGACCAAUAACAGGAACAGCAGCAUGGAAAAAGGAAAGAUUAUUAGAAAGAAAUAGAAUAGCAGCAUCAAAAUGUAGACAAAGGAAAAAAACUGCUCAAUUACAAUUACAAGAUAAUGUAAAUAAAAUGGAAAAUGAUUUAAAAUUUAAAAAUGAUUAUAUUAAAAAAUUAGAAUUAACUUUAAAUUUAUAUAAAAAUGGUAUUAAUUCAUUUUUAGAACUGAAAAAUGAAGAAAUAUUAAAAAAUUUAUUAUAUAAUAAUUCUAAUAGUAAUAUUAAUAGUAAUACUUAA